ACCCACUACAGUAAAUGCAGUACUAGGUAGAGUGCAGUGGCUUCUAUAGAAGAAAGCCGACCAAUCACAGACCUGCAUCCCAUCCAUCACAACCUAGUCCACAAGAGUCGAGUUCUGCACGACGAACGCCGCCGUCAUACCGCCUAGUAAACAUAGCAUCGCGGUGCACCGACGCAGGAUCCUCAUCGGUGAUUUGCUCUGAACCCCAGCAAUAUCGUCAGUGGGCGCAAUGAUCACGUCAACCGAUAUCCAAGCGGGGUAAAACCGCGUCGGACUGUUUUCCUACCAGACUAGCAGUGUCCUGAAUUUCAUGCUUUGGGACAUUCCCUUGAGAGUAUACUUUUGAGAGCGUUGGGAGCAAACGAACACAACAUGGCAAUCCAAACACUCGAUGUGAAAAACUCACCGCAUGACGACGUGUCAGCCAGUCCGCUGGAGGGCUACGCCCAUCCCCCAGAGACAACGCAACAACUCGACUAUGCAGACCUGAUCACGCUCGAUAUCUCCCUUUUCAACGCCCCAGGCGGCAAAGCUAGACUAGCAGAGCAACUGAAGCAAGCGGCCCAUGAAGUUAGCUUCUUCUACAUCACCAAUUUCGGCCUCACCCAAGACCAGAUUGACCGACAGUACGCCAUUGGGCGAGAAAUCUACGCAUUGCCCUUCGAAGAACGACUAAAAUACCGCGCCCCGCUGGAAGAAGGCAACUAUAAUGGUUAUCGUCCGCUCGGGAGCGUCGAGCUCGUCCCCGGCCAGCCCGACAAGGUGGAGAUGUACAACUUGUUCGAGUUCAUCCCGCAGACGCAGCGCACCCAGCCGGAUGUCAUCCGACGACACUGGAAAGAGAUCGAGCAAGUCCGCCGCCAUAUUCACGAAAAGGUAUUGAUCAACGGCCAUCGUUACGAGGCGAACUGCGACAGUGCGCUGCGGUAUAUGAUGUCGAGGGCGAAGUCACCGGAGGAAAACGAGAAGUGCAAACAUAUCUACACGCGGGAUCAAACGGACUUUGGAACUCUGACGUUUGUCUUUCAGCAGCCGGUGGCGGCGUUGCAGAUGAAGCGAUCGCCGGAUGCAGAGUGGCAGUGGCCGAGGAUCCCAGAAGGCUGUACGGCGGUCAACAUUGCCGAUAUUGUGGAAUUCCUGUCAAAUGGGUAUCUCAAGAGUGGCAUCCAUCGUGUCGUGUCUUUGCCGGCGGAUCAAGUCGGGUUGGACCGGCUUGGGUUGCUGUAUUUCAUAAGACCGUCAGAUGUGAUGAAUCUCGGGGCCAUUGAUAGUCCGCUUCUGAGGCGAUUGGGGUAUUACUCGCACGAGAAACAGGUCGAUAAAGACAUCGCAAUUCCUGCCACCGAGUGA